AUGUCCGCCGCGCCCGUCGUCGUCGCACACCAGCCCUCCCCCCACGCCAACUCGUCCCCGUCCGCUGCGCCGCCCCUCGCGCCCGCCAUGCUCGACUCGCACCCCGACACGCACUCGCCCGCGAACGCAUCGAGCGGAGGGGAAGGCGACUCGAGCGCGCCGGCGUCGUCGAGGAGCAGCACGCUCGCGAGCAGCGUCAGCGACUUUGACGACUCUGCCUUGGACCAGGGCGCCCGUCUCGCGCGCUCGUCGGGAUGGGCUACGGGCGGCAGCGCGACUCCGAGCGACGGCAGCAGGUCGCAGGUCCCGUCGAGGCAGGCGUCGUCGGUCGGGUUUGGCUUCUUGGGCGCCGAAGGUCGCCGCGGAGGAGGAGACGCGACGCCGGCUUCGUCGGACGCCGCGAGCACCGUUUCGACAACCUCGAGUAGCGCGACGCCUGUCCGUCCGGGCGGACCGGUCUUCCAGCUGUCGCACCACAUCCAGCGCGUCAACUCGCACCACCGCAGUAUCGAGGAACCGCUCCCCGCCGACCAUGAGCCGGAGCAUGGCCCGCCCGACUACACUCGCCUCCGUCAGGUCGCAGACGAGCUGCCGGGACGGGCGAUGGAGAGCCCGCAGCGCGGCACGCUCCCUCGUCACGGCUCGUUCCAGGAAAGCUCGCCCAGAUCCAGCUUCGCCUCGUCGUCCAUGGUCAACGUGCAAGGACCGUCCGGUUCGACGACGCCAGGCGGGACGGCGACUCCUCCGCAAUUCAUCUUUGCCAAGAUUGGCGAGCGGAAACGAGCGGCGAGCCACUCGAACCUCCUCUCGAUGUCGCGGCAGACGACCAAGACGCACCACUCCGGUCCGCUGCACGACCUGCGGCGCUUCCUGAACGACCAUCUUCACCACGGCAAGGGCCACCACCACGAGAAGCACCAUGGCGGGUCCAAGUUUGAGAUUGGCGGCGGGUCCGACAGUCACGCUUCGACGCCUCGGAGCGGCAAGUCGAGUCCGCGCGGGACGUCGCAGCCCGGCACGCCUUCGGGCGCUCGCACGCCCGUCGAGAAGGACUACACCGACACGGCGCUGCACCCGGAGUACCACUCGCACGGUCGCAACAGUCCGCCGCUUGGCGAGGACCACGCGCACUUGCAGAAGAAGUAUGGAAAGUGGGGCAAGGUGCUUGGCAGCGGUGCGGGAGGGACGGUCAGGCUCAUCAAGCGGAGCAGGGACCACACGGUCUACGCUGUCAAGGAAUUUCGGGCGAAGAGGGCGGGCGAGACCGACCGGGAGUACGUCAAGAAGGUGACGGCCGAGUUCUGCAUCGGCUCGACGCUGCACCACCCGAACAUCAUCGAGACGGUCGACAUCAUCUCCGACCACGGGCACUUUUACGAGGUGAUGCAGUAUGCCGAGUUCGACCUGUUCUCGAUCGUCAUGUCGGGCAGGAUGACUCGGCCCGAGAUCUACUGCGUCUUCAAGCAGAUCGUCGACGGCGUCGACUACCUCCACUCGAUGGGCCUCGCACACCGCGACCUCAAGCUCGACAACUGCGUCAUGACGCACGACAACACAGUCAAGCUCAUCGACUUUGGCACGGCCGUCGUCUUCCGCUACCCGGACCAGAAGCCGACCAAGGCGAACGGCAUCGUCGGGUCCGACCCAUACCUCGCGCCCGAGGUCAUCGCGAAGAAGGAGUACGACCCGCGCCUGACCGACGUCUGGAGCGUCGCCAUCAUCUUCAUGUGCAUGAUCCUCCGCCGGUUCCCCUGGAAGCUCCCCGACGCCAAGUCGGACGCCAGCUUCCGCCUCUACGUCUCGUCACACCCCGAGCUGUGCGUCUCGCCUACGACGCCGAACGCGACCGUCGGCGGCAAGCCUCUCCCGUCUCGCGCCUCGACUCACGACACCGUCUCGCGCAUGACGACCAAGUCGGGAUCGAGCUCCCCUGGCGGACUCGACUCGGGCUACAACACGAACCUCUCGGGCGCGAACGUCGACGGGGGUGGACGAGCGCGCGAAGGCUCGGUGCCGGCCAUCACGCCGCUCGAGCGGACGCAGUCGCCGUCUAGCAUGAGCGCAGGAGGUGGGGCGGACUCCCCUGCCUUGUCGGCUGCCGGCGACGCCCUCGCUGGUUCAGUCGGCUCUCUGCGGAUCGACGAGAACCCUGCGGCUGAGGAAGGUCGCGAACACCAGCUCUCGACCGGUCCGUCGAGGGAGAGCAACCUCACCGCCGUCGAGGACUCGUCCGCCGCCGGCCACGCCAACACUCUCACGCCCUCUCGCCGGCCCCGAACAGACGAUCCAGGCCCUCCGCCUGCACCGUCGUCCGGUCUCGGCACGUCGGACAAGCUCGCCCCCUCGUCUCCCGCUGGCCGACAUCGCUCCGACUCGGUCGCCUCGAACGCGACCUGGACGACCGGUGCAGCCGACUCGAUCUUCCGCCUCUUGCCUCGCGAGACGCGGUCGUGUCUCACGCGCAUGCUCACAAUCGAGCCGAGCAUCCGGUGUACGCUCGCCGACUUGCUGCGAGGAGGAGAGGGAGACGACGUCGACGAGGAGAGGAGGGACGACUGGCUGCCGAACAUCAAGCCUUGCAUCUACCACAAGGGCGCCAUGACGGCCAAUCGAGACGACUAUCAUGACCAUAUCAAGAUCCCCGCUGAUAACGGCAAGAUGCCCAAGCACCCCAAGAAGUGA